GCCUAAAAAAAGGGUUAAAUUAAGAGAGAGAAAAACUAAACAAUACAAUGAGCUCGAAAAUUGAAUUGAGUUAGCAGUAAAGAGAGCCAUAAACAUAAUUGAAGUUGUAGUGUGAUUAAUUAGUGAUGGGAGAAGGAGAUGAAGAAAGAGAGAAAUGGAUGAAUAACGAGUAUUUAUCUUUACAUCAGAUACUUCUUCUGGGCGAAGGAGAUUUCUCAUUUGCAUUAUCCUUGGCACUUUCAUUUGCUUCUGCUACUAACAUUCUCGCUACUUCACUCGACUCUUAUGAUUCUUUGAUAAAGAAGUACAAAAGAGCAAAAUCAAACUUGGAUUCACUGGAGAAGUUAGGAGCAUCUCUUAUACAUGGGGUUGAUGCAACCAAGAUGAAGCUUCACACUGAUCUCAAAAUGAGGAAGUUUGAUCGCAUUGUCUUCAACUUUCCCCGCGCAGGCUUUCAUGGAACAGAACAAAGCCUGCAUCUAAUCAACAAGCACAAGAGACUUGUGGAUGGAUUUUUAAACAAUGCUAGUCAUAUGCUGCGAUCCAACGGUGAAAUUCACGUUAACCACAAAACGUCUGGUCCAUUUUGUCUCUGGAAUAUCGAGAAACUUGCUUCUCAGAACUCACUUUUACUGAUCAGCUGUGUUCCGUUUAAAAUUGAGGACUACCCUGGCUAUAACAACAAGAGAGGAGACGCCUCUAGAUGUGAUGAGCCUUUUCGCUUGGGAAAAUGCAGCACAUUCAAGUUCAUCUUAUCACUUGGACGUAAGAAAGUGUCCACCAAUCACAGUCGAAAGACUUCAGAGAAAACUAUACCUCAUCAAGAAGAGAGGAACCCUGCAACCAAUCACUCUGAUUCGCGAUAUAAACCAGUUACUCUCUUCUCCAGGAAUGUGAGGUCUCCAGUCAAUGAAAGGUUUAGAGAAGAUUUUGCUAGGAUAUUUCGUUGGUAUUUUACUUAUGUGGAGGAUACAUUUGGGAGUCGUGAGGAAAGAAUCGGCUAUCAUGUCCAUGAAGCAGUAAGUCGAGGCUAUGAGAGAUUCACUAAUAUGGCUUCUGGCAGACCUUCAAGUGACUUCGUCAUCUAUCUAGAAGAGCUCCAUCGCUUGAGUCUUAAAAGGAUAGAGUGGUUAAAACAUAGCUUAGAAAAUAUUCGUUGUUCUUAGUUCUAACUGCUGUGAAUAUAGAGGCAAACUUUGGUGUCUGAUGGUUUUUGGGUGCAAAAUUUUUAUUAACCCACUCUACUCCAAAGCACAGCUUGGAUUCUGCUGCUAUGAUCAUGCUGUGAAUAUGCAAAUUUUUGUAAAGAGAAGCUACUCAAGUAUGUGUAAUGUUUGAACCAAUCUAGAGCAAUUCUACUGAUCUCUUAUUACUGAUUGCUGAAAUAGCAUUUAUCCAACUAUUGUACGUUUCCAC